UUUUAUUCCUCCGUGCGUCCGCCGACGCCAGAGCAGAGGCUAGAGCGAGCGAGAUCUUUCGAGAGGUCGCGCUGGAGAGAGACGGGGAGGGAGCAUCGCGAUGUCUACGACGGAGGCGGCGAAGAGCGCCAGCGCGCCGGUGCGGUGCCAGCGAAUCGGCUGCAACGCCAUGUUCACCGACGACAACAACCCCGAAGGCUCCUGCCAAUACCAUCCCUCCGGAGUAAGUCCCCCCCCCCCCCCCUUGCUUGAGAGGCUAUUUCUGUUUAGGAAUUUAUUAUUUGUAUUCUUAAGAUACGUUUUUCAGCCUAUAUUUCAUGACGGCAUGAAAAAGUGGAGCUGCUGCAAGCAAAGAAGCCAUGAUUUUAGCUUAUUUUUGGAGAUACCUGGAUGCACAACAGGAAAGCAUACGACUGAAAAACCAGUCACAAAAGCUGUUUCUACCAACCCCCCGAAGGCAACACCUAUCCAGUCCUCUAAGCAGGGUGUGGGAGCUGAUGCCUGCGCAAGGUGUCGUCAGGGUUUCUUUUGCUCUGAUCAUGGAUCACAGCCCAAGGCACAAAAACCAGCCACUACCAAUGAUACAAACAAGGAACCUGUUGAGAAAUCCUCAGUUCCACUGCCCAAGAAAAAAAUUGAUAUAAAUGAACCGAGGACAUGUAAAAACAAAGGAUGUGGUAAAACCUACAAGGAAAAGGAUAACCAUGAUUCUGCAUGUGAGUACCAUCCAGGUCCUGCAGUUUUCCAUGACAGGAUGAGAGGGUGGAAAUGUUGUGAUAUUCAUGUCAAGGAGUUUGAUGAGUUCAUGGAGAUACCUCCAUGCACAAAGGGAUGGCACAAUGCUGAUGCUGUGUAAUUCACACCGUGAGCCUUUUUGGCUUUUAAGAUCCGAUCAUGUCCAGGGCUAUUUGCUUGUAGUGUCUCCUAGCGCAUAAGGUGGCUUGCCGCAAUUUCUUGAUAAUUUUACUUGAAAGUGUGAAAAAAAAAACUUUGAGAAUGGGCUGCUUUAUGUACUCUUGCGUGAUGCUUCAUGUACUCUGGACCAGAACUUGGAACCACAUGUCCUGACUUGAUUUAAUGAAUUAUGUCAGUUCGAAGCUGGUUUUUUUUA